CUCCAGGCGUCAGCGUGGCUUUCUCGGUGCACUCUGGCUUAACGACACAAGAAUGCAGGCCCGUUACGUGAUCUUCGCCGCCCUGCUGGCUGUUCUGCUUGUCAGCUUAGCCGAAGCACAGGGUGGUUCUCGGGGUCGGCGCUGCGGUCGAGGCGAGGUCUUCAACCAAUGCGGCACUGCGUGUCCGCGCGUCUGCGGCCGACCACCGCCCCAAGCGUGCACCCUGCAAUGCGUGGCGGGGUGCUUCUGCCGACGUGGUUACAUCCGCACUCCAAGAGGAGGCUGCAUCCCAGAGAGCCAGUGCCGCCAAAGAGGAUGAACAAUUGUUGCAGAAGGAACGCCACCAUAUUAGUCAGUUGCUGAAUACCACCUGCUGCCUCAGCGCCAAAAUACUUUUGCCUAUAUUUUGUUUCAAAUAAAGCCAUCGAUGCGUUCA